ACGCGAAUGAAAUACGAUCCGCAAUACACCAUUUACCAGCAUACCGCUCACAAAAGCCCCAUAAGAAACGCUACCUCUAAAUGCGAAAUGGAAAAGCCAAAAGACGGGGAAUCGCUUCAGAAGCAUUCAUUGACAUUUUCAGAAGCGCCGCUGAUGGCACACGAAAAUAGCAAGCAGGAGGAGCGGCCCCAGUGGAGCUGGUCCCUCAAUUGGGCUGCAAUCGGAUCGUCGCUUGGUGCGGCGGUUCCAGUGGGGUAUUGCACAGGAGUCAUGAAUAGUCCAGCUGAACUCAUGCGAUCCUGGUGCAACGAGACACUGAUUGCCAGCUAUGACCUAAACUUGAGCGAUGUGGGGUUGGAAAUACUGUGGUCUGCUAUAGUCUCCAUAUUUCUUGUGGGAGGCGCCAUCGGAUCUGUUGUUGGUGCCACCAUGGCCAACCGGUUCGGACGUCGCGGCUGCUUCUAUAUCUGUGGCCUCCUUCUGACGCUGGGAGCCAUUAGCUUUUACGCAUGUCGACCUUUACAUUCCGUGGAGCUGCUGCUGCUUGGUCGGAUGAUGGUUGGACUGGCCGGGGGUCUACUAACAUCAUUUAUGCCCAUGUGGCACAGCGAAAUUUCGGCCCUCUCCCAGCGCAGCACCUUGGCUCCACUGUGUCCAAUGGGCUUGACCUUGGGAGUGGUGAUUGCGCAGAUCUGCAGCCUCCGGUCGGUACUCGGAGGUCCAGAGAGCUGGCACUUCGGACUCGCAUUUUACGGUCUUCUAGUGGUUGUGUGUUAUGCACCCUUUAGGUGGUAUCCUGAGAGCCCCAAAUGGUUAUUUAUCGUCCUAGGUCGCAAGGAGGAGGCUCGUCGCCAGCUGCAGUUACUGAGGGGAUACACGGCUGGCAGCGCCGCACUGAAGGCAGAGAUGGAAGAGAUGGAGCUAGAAGCUGCUUCCGAGGUGAAGACCAGCGGACUAGUGCAGGUCCUGCGUGACCCCCAAUUGCGUCUUCCGCUAAUCCUAGUCUGCGCCUUUCUUGGUGGCCAACAGCUGUCUGGCAUUAAUGCUAUAUUUUACUACUCCGUCUCCAUUUUCCGAAAGGCGGGUCUUUCAAAUCAGGCCUCUGAGUGGGCCAACCUAGGUGCGGGUUCCCUAAAUUUAUUUGCCUCCAUGCUGGGCCCCGUGCUGCUGGAACGAGUCAAUCGGCGACCACUGAUGCUUUUCUCCACAUUUUUAUGCACAGUAUUUCUGCUUUUGUUUGCCAUAAUGCUCUACUUCAUUGAGAGCUACAGCUGGUUUGGUAUUGGCUGCAUUGGCUGCAUUUUCCUGUACAUAUUCUUCUUCCAAUUUGGUCUGGGCCCAAUGCCGUUUUUCAUCGGAGCAGAACUGUUUGAACUGGCUUUCCGCCCAGCCGCUAUGUCGUUGGGAAGCUUGACGUACUGGCUGUGCAACUUUAUCAUCGGAAUGGCGUUUCCCACAUUGCAGAACCUCUGGGGCGCAUUUGUUUUUUUGCCCUUCUCAGUAACCUGCCUCCUGAUCUUUUGCCUGACGAAACGCUACUUGCCAGAGACGCGAGGACGUGAUCCGUCAGAGGUGGCUCCUCUCGUUGCUUCGGGUUUUAAAUCAAAAGUGAUGCUCCCGAAACAGGCGGCGAUUUAAAA